UCUCGCUGUCGCCGCCACAAGCCAGCGGCCGCGGCCAUGGGCGUCCCGGGCCGCCCGCUUUGUGCCGCCGCCGCCCCGCCGCCGCCCGCCGCCCCGGGCAGCCGCUGUUGAGCCGCAUGGGCCGGGCCCAGCGCCGCCGCCGCCGUUGCUCCGUGCGGCAGUACAAGUUUGUUCACCUUGGAGCUACAAAUACUGUUGAUUUGAGAUUUGAGCUCAUCCCCCACUGUUCCUGCGCAAGCAAGGACCAGAAAAAUGAAUAUCCAGGGGAAAGGCUUUCCCUUGGACCUUGGAGGAAGCUUCACUGAAGAUGCUCCAAGGCCACCGGUUCCUGGUGAGGAGGGGGAACUCGUGUCCACUGAUCCAAGGCCAGUUAGCCAUGGUUUCUACUCCAGUAAAAGUGACGUGGUUAGAAAUGAGACAUCCACGGCAACACCAAGGCGCUCCGAUUUGGAUUUGGGGUAUGAGCCCGAGGGGAGUGCUUCGCCAACUCCACCCUACCUGAAGUGGGCCGAGUCACUGCAUUCCUUGCUGGAUGAUCAAGACGGUAUCAAUCUCUUCAGGACUUUCCUGAAACAGGAGGACUGCGCGGAUCUGCUGGACUUCUGGUUUGCCUGCAGUGGCUUCAGGAAGCUGGAGCCGUGCGCGUCUAAUGAGGAAAAAAGACUCAAGCUGGCAAAAGCCAUUUACAAAAAGUAUAUCCUUGACAACAACGGCAUUGUGUCCCGGCAGAUCAAACCAGCCACAAAAAGCUUCAUCAAAGACUGUGUUGUGAAAUUGCAGAUUGACCCUGACAUGUUUGACCAGGCCCAAACGGAGAUUCAGUGCAUGAUAGAAGACAAUACCUACCCUUUGUUCCUUAAGUCGGAUAUUUAUUUGGAAUACACAAGGACAGGUGGGGAAAGUCCAAAAAUUUACAGCGAUCCGAGCUCAGGGUCUGGGACAGGUAAAGGGCUACCCGGUUAUCUACCAACUCUGAACGAGGAUGAGGAGUGGAAGUGUGACCAAGAGGCCGAGCCCGAGGCCAGCAGGGACUCGGCACCUUCCAGCAGGCUCACGCAGAAGCUGCUCCUGGAGACGGCCACGCAGCGCGCCGCAUCGGCCCGGCGCUACAGCGAGGGGAGGGAGUUCAGACAUGGGUCAUGGAGAGAGCCUGUUAAUCCUUACUAUGUCAACACGGGCUACGCUUUGGCACCAGCAACCAGUGCCAAUGACAGCGAGCAGCAGAGCAUGUCCAGUGAUGCCGAUACGAUGUCGCUGACAGACAGCAGCGUAGAUGGGAUCCCACCAUACAGACUCCGAAAGCAGCAUCGCAGAGAGAUGCAAGAAAGUGCCAAAGCAAAUGGACGUGUGCCACUACCUCACAUUCCUCGUACAUACCGAAUGCCAAAGGAUAUCCACGUUGAACCAGAGAAGUUUGCUGCAGAACUGAUCAAUCGUUUGGAAGAAGUACAAAAGGAACGUGAAGCAGAGGAGAAGUUAGAGGAGCGCCUUAAACGCGUUCGAGCGGAAGAAGAAGGUGAGGAUGCAGAUAUCUCUUCUGGUCCCUCAGUCAUUAGCCACAAGAUGCCUUCCGCCCAAGCCUUUCAUCACUUUGCUCCUCGUUACUCUGAGAUGGGCUGCGCUGGGAUGCAGAUGAGAGAUGCUCAUGAAGAAAACCCAGAAAGCAUCCUUGAUGAACACGUACAGCGUGUGAUGAAAACACCAGGCUGCCAGUCUCCAGGACCUGGACGCCACUCUCCUAAGCCACGGUCCCCAGAAAGCGGCCACUUAGGAAAACUGUCAGGGACACUCGGAACAAUUCCUCCAGGGCAUGGCAAGCACGCAACAAAAUCAGGAAUGAAACUGGAUGCAUCUAACUUAUACCACCAUAAACACGUCUACCACCAUAUCCAUCACCACAGCAUGAUGAAACCAAAAGAGCAGAUCGAGGCUGAGGCCACGCAGCGAGUGCAGAACAGCUUUGCUUGGAAUGUAGAUUCACAUAACUAUGCAACAAAGACACAAAACUACACUGAAAACUUGGGCAUGGCCCCUGUCCCCAUGGACUCUUUAGGCUACAGUGGGAAAGCAAGUCUGCUCUCAAAAAGAAAUGUUAAGAAGACCGAUUCAGGGAAAAGUGAUGGUGCCAACUAUGAGAUGCCAGGAUCUCCUGAAGACGUGGAGAGAAACCAGAAGAUCCUUCAGUGGAUCAUAGAAGGAGAGAAGGAGAUCAGCAGGCAUAAGAAAACAAACCAUGGCUCUUCUGGUGCUAAGAAGCAGCUGUCCCAUGAUAUGGUCCGAUCCCUCUCCAUCGAGCGACCUGUUGCGGUACAUCCAUGGGUCAGUGCCCAGCUCCGAAACGUCGUCCAGCCUUCUCACCCCUUCAUCCAAGAUCCCACCAUGCCACCCAAUCCAGCCCCCAACCCUCUCACCCAGCUGGAAGAAGCUCGCAGGAGGUUGGAGGAGGAAGAGAAAAGGGCUGGAAAACUCCCCCUUAAACAAAGGUUGAAGCCCCAGAAGAGACCAGGCAGUGGUGCGUCCCAGCCCUGCGAGAACAUCGUGGUCGCCUACUACUUCUGUGGGGAGCCCAUCCCCUACCGCACCUUCGUCAAGGGGCGCGUGGUGACGCUGGGACAGUUCAAGGAGCUGCUGACCAAGAAAGGGAACUACAGGUAUUACUUUAAGAAGGUGAGUGACGAGUUUGACUGUGGUGUGGUCUUCGAGGAGGUGCGGGAGGAUGACACCAUCCUGCCCAUCUUUGAAGAGAAGAUCAUCGGGAAGGUGGAAAAGAUCGACUAGGCUCCAGGGCUGCUGAGGCACGAGGACAGGACUGUGAAGGACUCUGGGACCGGAGGAGAAGGCCUGGGGCAGAUGCUGGUGGUGCCAUUGCCAUGGGCACCGGGCGGAGAGCGGCAGCCAGCACCAGCAUGGACCUGCCCGAGCUCCGGGUUGCUGGUGGACACCGUUUCACCCCUCAAACCUGCCAGUGGGAGCCUGGGCUCCCUCUCCAUACCGAAUAUAAGUGUAAUGUAGCAUUGUACAGUGCAUUAGAAAGUGUAAUAUGACCUUGUUUACUAAAGCUGCAUAUUUUUGAUAUAUUGUAAUAAAAGGAAAAUACUUCCAAUGUCA